AUGUCGGUUGCUUCGAACAACCCAUUCCAACUGCUUGGCGUUGACGGUGCUGAGGACGUUCCCUCGCAGCAGGCUUCGUCCCAGGCCGCCGCCAAGAAGCCCCAGCAGCCUCAGCAGCAGCGGUACGUGCCAGGUGCGCCGCGUCAAUCGGCUCCCAAGUCGGCACCUGCGCCCAUGGACGAAGAGCCUCCUCUUUCGGAGCAGCGCGACUCGCGUGCUGAGCGUCGCAGCCGUGGCGACCGCGGACGUGGCGGCCGUGGUGGCCGUGGCUCUCAGCGCGGCCGUGGCCGUCAGUUUGACCGCCACUCUGGUACGGGCCGUGAAGAGACGGCCAAGUCGCAACGCCAGGGCUGGGGUGGCACGGACGGUGCUAGCGCCGUGAAGCUCGAGAAGGACUCCAAGGAGGACGCCAAGGAGGACGCGGAGGAAUUCGCGAAGGAAGACGCUGCUGAUGUGAAGGCCGAAAAGGAGGCUCAGCAGCCCGUGCAAGACAACACACUCACGCUUGAUGAGUACCUCAAGUCGCAGGCUGAGAAGCGCCCGCAGCUUGCCGCCAGUGCGCCUCGCACCGUGCAGGAAGAUGAGUCGUACGGCCAGCGUCUUGAGCGUGGUGAGGGCGAGUCGUACUUUGCUGGCCAGGAGAAGAAGUCGCAAGCUCCUCGUCCCCGCAAGGAGAAGCAGCUCGUCGAGAUCGACCUGCCUUCGUACGCCUCGGAGUCCACGCCGUCGACGCGCGGCAGUGGACGUGGUGGUCGCGGCGGUGCUCGCGGCGGUCGCGGCGGUCGUGGCGCUGGUCGCGGCGGUAACCGUGGUGAGCGCAGCAACCGCAGCCGCGGUGGUCGACAGGGCCCCGUUGUGAACCUCGCUGACGAGCAGGCCUUCCCGAGCCUGAGCUAA